AUGAUCAUCUUCUUGAGGACUCGCGAUGGCAAACCACAACCCGAAUGGGACACCAUCAACGUCAACACCCUUGUCGCCAUUUUCACCAUGCUUCUAAGGGCUGCGAUGCUUUUCAUUAUAGCUGAGGUCAUUGGACAAGCGAAGUGGUUAUGGAUGUCAACGCCGCGGCCACUACGGCACAUCGAAUACUUCGACAACGCUGGAAGAGGUGCCCUGGGGUCAAUCAGGUUCCUGUUCCUCACUUGGAAGCCGGUCUUGACCGUACUUGGUGCCCUCAUCGUCGUCACGUCCUAUGCGGUCGGGCCUUUUGCUCAACAGGCCGUCAAGACGUUUGCCUGUGAGAUACCCUCGGCAGGUGUCGCACGCAUUUCAGUCGCCGACUGGGUCGGCCAAGUUGACAGUAAUGAGCCAGUUGGUACACGAACGAUGAGCUAUUCGUGGCUCAGUCCAACGAUGCGCACGAUCGCAAUCAACGGCUUGCUGGGAAGCUCCCAGAACAGUCCUCAAGAUCUGUUCCAAUGCGACUCCAGCAAUUGCACUUUCCGAGAGACCAUGAACGUCACGCACUCUUCAGUUGGCAUCUGCAGCAAGUGCUUAGACGUGAGAUCAGAGUUGCAGGAGUACCCGGACCUAUGGGACCUGACAGAGUACGGCAUGGGCAUUGUGGACAACAAUGGCUCUGUCUACAAGUUCCAUAACGAUUCGGGAUUUUCGAUUAACUCCCGUUACCGACCAAAGGCUCUGAAUAUGGAAACCCAAAAGACCGACGACUACGACACUUGGACAUUCGAUUUCAAGUCCGGCACCCCCAAGACUUCGAUUUUGACUCUGUCAACCGCCGGCUGCAGCCUGCGAGGCAACGGUAGCUUACUCCAGGACGGGUUACCAAAUCCUUUCGACGACAUGGCGACCGCCAUCACCAACCGCAUGCGCACCUACGGACAAACCUGGGCGCAGGCGUCCCGAAGCUACGCCGAAGGUUCAAGCAGCCGCACGUCGGUUUGCAUACGGAUGGACUGGCCAUGGCUACUCUAUCCUGCAGGCCUGCUGGCUCUUACUUCGACCCUGCUCGCCACCGCGGUGGUGCAGAGUUGCCGAGAUAGAGGGAAACGGCCCGUGUGGAAGUCGAGGAUCCUGCCUUUGCUGUUCUACGGGAUUUCGAGGGACGAAGCCCAGGACCUGCGGCAUGAUACUCCGGUCGAUGAGGGUAUUCCUCUGCUGCAGCUCGCCGAGAUUGAAAAGCUGGCGGAUAAGACGGUGGCCCGUUUCUGCAGUGAUCGUCAGCGGAUUGGGUUCGUUGUUGAAGGACAUGCUGCUCCGAAUUAG